AUCCCACAAAAAACAUAAAUAAGAAACGUCAAAUUCACUUGCUCUUUAAUCGAAAAUGUGUCUAGACGUGAGUUAAGAUCGUAUAAAUUAUUUGUACGCGACCGUAAUAAUGGAAUCAAAGAAAGAUUACACCAUCCAAGACCUUCCGGAUGAAGUUUUAGAGUUCAUUUUGAGCCUAAUUCCACCUUACAAGGACAUACAUGAUUGCAUGCUGGUUUGCAAGAGGUGGAGGAACUGCAUUUCCAAUGUGAUAAAAAUAAAACGCCGAAACCUGAACAAAGCAAUAGAAGACUUCAACAUAUCAUGGAACACGAUUACUCCCGCCCCUAUGGCCCCUACCAUCACAAAAAGGUAUUCUCAUGCGGCUGCUGUUCAUGGAAAUUCCAUGUAUGUUUUUGGAGGUUGCACUUGCUCAAUGACUACAUUUAACGAUUUAUGGAGGUUGGAUUUAUCUAAAAGAAAAUGGGUUAGACCUUUAACAAUGGGGACUUAUCCUUCGCCAAAAGCUUGUGGAACUAUGGCUUGUUAUAAAGAUUUAUUAAUAUUAUUUGGUGGUUGGACUUACCCCCCAUCUUAUCCAUUACACCAAACAUGGCAUUUAUUCAAUGAACUUCACACUUAUGAUAUCGCAGGGAAUUGUUGGACGUGUAUUAACACAGAUAUAACCCCACCCCCAACAGCCGGUCAUUCAGCAUCAAUCCACCACAAUUUUAUGGUGGUUUUCGGCGGCUUACAAAGAGCUAAAACGGCGGUGCAUUCAACAAAAACCAACGACGUGUGGAAAUUAGACUUAGACAAUUGGAUGUGGGAGAAAAAAGAUGUUUUAGGCAACAUGGGCCCCGUCGAACGAUACGGGCAUUCUCAAACGGCUUUAGAUGAUGAAAACAUUUUUAUUUUGGGCGGUUCCGGGGGCCCAUCGUUUUAUUAUAACGACGCGUGGGUGUUAAACAUGAAAGGUGACAUUUGGAGGUGGAUUCCUGUUGAGGUUAGAAACACCGUGGAUGCCCCAUCGAAUUUAUGGUGCAAUCCCGUUUGUAAAGUAGAUGAUAAAAUAAUCGUACUAAAUAGAGGUAGGCAAAGUUCUUCAUCGCCGUUGAUGUAUUUUUCGAAAGGGGUUUGGGCCCCUCCUAGAUUAGAUGGUGAUCCGGACGCUCAAAGGCGAAAUUCACAACGAUCUAUUGAUACUGAUGAAAAUGUUAAUGGGAGGAGGGGUGUUUUAAAAGGAUUGAAACGAAAUAAUCCUGAUGCUGAUGAGUUACACCAAAGACAUGUGCCAAAGUUACCGUUAAGAGAUCUACCUUUAGCGGCGUUUAAUAAUCCUGACGAUCAACAACCGUCCACUUCAAAAGAAGAACGACGAAUGGAAAAUUUGCGCAGAGUUGAAGAGAAAUGGAAAGGGAUUCAAAAACAAAAAGAAAAAGCUGCCGAAUUAAAAACUAAGCACAAACGUAAUUUAUUAGAAAUGUACGUUUUGGAUAUAUCCCACGCUCUCGAUGAUCGACCAUAUGUAACUUGGUUACCACCGAAAAGUAGUGGUCUUUCUAAUGGACCGGAAGAAACGAUUUUGUAUACUUUAGUUGAGGGUAAAGCCGAAUUGGUUAUGUUUGGUGGAAUUCAAAAGGACCCCACUUCUUUUGCGUGCGACACCAAUUUAAGUAAACAAGUUUCGAAUUCUUUGCAUUUUAUAACUGCCCCUAAGUAUGUAAUUUAAAUGAUGAGAAAAAUUGCUUGGUUGCCUCUUUUGUACGAUUAAUGGAAAGGAUUAAAAGCGAAUGAGAAUAAAUGUGUAGUUGUUUAAGUUUUUAUGUUGAUUUAAAUUAAUAAAAAAAAAUCACAUUGGAA